AUGCCAGCAAGUCUCCCAGAAAAGAUCGAGGAAGAUAUCCUGUCUAGAUUGCCAGUAAAAACAGUAAUGCAAUAUAAGUGCGUGUGCAAACCCUGGUACAGUCUUUUCCAUAGCCCCUAUUUCAUCAAAAUGCAACGUGAUCGUGGUAUAGAUAACACUUUUCUUAUGCUUCAUUACUGGUAUGAUAGUAAUGACAGUGCUGCACUGUACUCAACAGAGUAUAAUUCAUUAUCUUCAAAAUUAUCAUCAUCAACCUGCAGCACUCCUCCUCUUGCUGAGGCUGUCAAGAUGGAUUACCCAUUGGUUCCUCCAAAUUAUUUUCUUCUUUCAGGUUCUUACGAUGGUUUCUUGUGCUUACAGACUGGUAUGAUACCCGGUAGCGCUGCGGAGGCCAUUUUCCUGUGGAAUCCAUCAACCAUGGAACACAAGAAGCUUCCAGACUCGCCAAACAAAUUAAUGUACAGUGAUAGGGAUGUUAGCUUGUGUGGGUUGGGUUAUGAUAACAAGAUUGAUGAUUUCAAACUUGUAAAGGUAAGAUUUGUCGAUUAUUAUCCAUCUUAUGAUUAUAGUUCUAGUGAUUCUGAUGAUUAUAGUUCUGGUGGAUGGGAGUCGUCGUCUGGCAGUACUUACAAUUAUGAGGUGUAUGAAGCUGAGACAUCUAGUCAUUUUUCUUUAGAGAAUGCAGAAAUGGAGGUUUCCUAUGGAUCAUCUGAGGCUGAGGUCUCUAGUGCUUGUUCAUGGCCAUGGAAACCCCCAUUUGCAGGUAUUUCUGAAUUUAAAGUAUACACGUUAGGAACGAAUUCAUGGAAAACCUGCAAAACUAUGCCUUACUAUUUCCCCAAUGGACCAAAAUCUGGUGUUGUUGUGAAUGGAGAUCUUCAUUGGUGGGCAGUCAAAAUACAAGAUGGUUAUGAAGCUAUAAUCUCGUUUGAUAUGCCCAACGAGGAAUUCAAGGAGGUUGCAGUACUAGAGGGACCGUUGUUGCAUCCAGGAAACUGUGAUAAGCGCAGGCAUGACAAUGUUUUGGGUGCAUUAGGCGGGUGCAUUUGUUUGCAUUAG